GCCUUUCCCACUCUCUGUCUCUCUCUCUCUCUCUCUCAUCCUUUCUUUCUCUCUCUAAAAUAAUCAGCAAUGGCGCCUGAGCAGGUUCAAAUUCCGACCAAAAUAUCCAGAAACGAAGACCAGCAAGAAUCUCCGCUCUACGGAGACAUCUUAGAGGCCAUACUCUACCACGUGCCUCUCCUCCAUCUCGUCCCUGCCUGCCUAGUGUCCAAGUCUUGGAACCGCGCGGUCUUCUCCUCCCUCCGCCACCUCAACCGAAACGUCAAGCCCUGGCUCAUCGUCCUCUCCCAAACCACCUGGUCUCCCUACAAGACCACCGCACGUGCCUACGACCCCGCCUCGCACGCUUGGAUCGAUAUCCACUCUCAGCCGUCGAUCAAAUCCAUCUCCACCCUCCGAUCCUCUCACUCCAAACUCCUCUACAUGCUCUCUCCCUCCAAAUUCGCCUUCUCAACCGAUCCCCUCCACCACACGUGGCACCACGUGGACGGCCCUCUCGUCUGGCGCACCGACCCGAUUGUCGCGCUGGUCGGCCACCGCAUAGUCGUCGCAGGCGGCACCUGCGAAUACGAGGACGACCCCCUGGCCAUCGAAAUUUACGACACGAGGGAGCGAAGGUGGUGCACGUGCAACUCAAUGCCCGCUAUCCUAAAGGACUCCGCGGCCUCCACGUGGCUCUCUGUCGCCGUGGACGACAGCAAAAUGUACGUGACAGAUAAAAACACCGGUUUGACCUACACGUUCGAUCCCGACUCCAGGACGUGGAGUGGACCGUACGAUCUGUGUCCCGACGGUACGGUGAUCGGCGCCAUGACCGGAUUCGCUAACGGCUGUUUCAUUUUGGUGGAAGCGAUCGGAAGCGAGGUGCAUUUGAAAGGCGUGAAAGUGUGGGAAGUGAACGGCUUGUCAUUUGAGUGCAAAAAGUUGAUCGGGGAGAUGCCCCCGGCGAUGAUGGCGAAGCUGAAGGGGGAGAGCGACUGCGCAGGGACGGUUUCGAUGAGCUGCACGAGAGAUAUGGUGUGCCUGUAUAACCCUUGGUCGCCGGAGGAGCUGAUUCUCUGCGAGCUUGUCGACGGCGGGUGCAGGUGGGGGAGUGUACGGAAUGCAGUUGUGAACGGCGGGACUCGAAUGCAGAAGCUGGUGGUGACGUGUUCGAAUGUGGGAUUGCCGGAUUUGCACAAAGCCGUACAAGUUGGAGCGCUGAAAGUGGUUUGAAAAAGGCGGCAUGAAUCAUGGCUGAAAUUUAAUCGUGUUUUAUAUAUGAAAUUUUAUUAGUUUUCCAAAA